UCACAGCGCGCGGCGGGGGAGGAGGCGGGCCAGACAGGAUCAGGAUUCGGCUGUCGGGGGUCGCCGGUGGCUGGCCGAGGGCGGCGGCCGCCCGGGCGCCAUGUUCGGCUCCAGCCGAGGCGGUGUGCGCGGCGGACAGGACCAGUUUAAUUGGGAGGAUGUAAAAACCGACAAGCAGAGGGAGAACUACUUGGGUAACUCGCUGAUGGCGCCCGUGGGUCGCUGGCAGAAGGGCCGCGACCUCACCUGGUACGCCAAGGGCCGGGCGCCGUGCGCGGGGCCAAGCCGCGAAGAGGAGCUGGCAGCCGUGCGGCAGGCGGAGCGCGAGGCCCUGCUGGCCGCUCUCGGCUACAAGAAUGUGAAGAAGCAGCCUACCGGCCUAAGCAAAGAGGACUUUGUGGAGGUGUGUAAGCGGGAAAGCGGGGACCCGGAGAAAGGCGUGGACCGGCUGCUAGGGCUAGGCAGUGCCAGUGGUUCCGCGGGACGCGUGGCACUGUCCCGGGAAGAUAAGGAAGCCGCCAAGCUGGGGCUUGCUGUGUUCACGCAUCACCGCGUGGAGAGCGGUGGGCCCGGAGCCUCGGCACCCACCACCAGAAAGAAGCCUCGAGUAGAGGACCAGGCAGAGGCCAGCUCUGAGGGUCACAAGAAGAGCAAGAAAGAGAAGAAGAAAAAGAAAAAGAAGAAACACAAGAAAGAGAAGAAGAAAGAUAAGGAGCACAGGCGGCAGGCUGAGACCCCCUCACCCAUAUCUCCUGCUCGGCUUGGACACCACCACCGCCACCACGACUCUGACUCCUCCUCCCCCUGCUGCAAGAGGAGGAAGCAGGGACACAGUGGAGAUGGUGGGAGGAGCCUGUCCACCAGGAGGCAUGACAGAGACUCUGAUGCCUGAGUGCCUGUCCCAUUCUGCCUUGCCCUUCCUAUUUGGGUGAGGGCUAUUCCCUUGGAGUGGCCCUGGGCUCAGCCUGCUGGGCCUUGGAACAAUGCCAGCCAGGCAGAAGGGGCCUGCUUCAUGAAAACUCCUCCAAGGUAGCAAGGCCUGGGUGUACAUGGAACCCAGCAAGUUCUUAGGGGAGCAUGUCCUGGCCCAGCCUGGCCUGCACUGAAGGUUCUCAGCCCACAGGCAAAGGUGAACCUACCCAGGAAGUCCCAGCAGAGACCCAACUCCAUAUCCUGUCUGUAGCCUCUGUGCCCUAACUCCGUCCCCAGUUUAGUUGUGGCCAUGUAGGGUCACUUCUAUUUUUCUUUAUAUUGACUCACUCUUUGUACUUAAAUAAAUUUAUUUUAAAAGGAAACUUCAUUGCAAGGUCACUGUAAGGAGGUACUGAUGCCCACUAUGAAACUGGAGGACCCCCAGGGCCUGGCCUUCCUGAAUUUGUCCAGGGGAGUUAGGAGUCUUCCCCAUGUGCAGUCAGGGCCCAGCAGACACCCAAAGGCAGGCUGAGGGUCCAAAAAGUGGAGCAGCCCCUUCAAGUAGGAGUUGGGCCACCUCCUCAAGACCCUGCUGGCCCAUGGGAAUCCAGCUUGGCUCCUCACAGGGUGGCCACAUGUCCUAUCUGCCUGGGCCAAGAAGGGUUAUAGCUGCCCUGGAGCAUACAUGGCCACUGGGCUGCAUGAUAUAAAGGCACUGUAUAAUCAGGCCGGAUUCCUUAUGUAUUCUCUUGCUUCUGAUUAAAAAAAUUAAAUGCUUCCUGAGGACCUGGA